AUGCGAACGCUAGGCUUGAAGGAUAUAUCUAACAACCAGACUGAGCCCUCGGAGGAGGUCCUUAACCGUGCAGCGACCAUUAUACAAGCCAGUUACCGCGGCUAUCAUGUACGACAUGAGUUGCAUAAACAUGACGACGCUGAACACCAUGUCCACCACAAGGAGGCCGUCGUGAGUCCGGAGCCCGAUGAGGCGGCCAAGAAGAUCCAGGCAGCGUUUCGAGGCUACCGAGUGCGAAAACAGUAUAGGUCCCAGACUACGCCAAUCUCACCAGUCUUCUUUGAUCCUGAGGACGCCAAGUACAUAGCGGCGGCCACGAAAAUUCAAGCCAGUUAUCGGGGUUAUAGAACCCGGAAAACCAGCAAUUUCCAUCGAUCUUCCGCAGCUUCAAAAAAGUAA